AUGCACCCCGAGGCCUUGGAGCCGGAGGCGGAUGGGGCCGCGGAGCCUGAAUGCGCGCCCGAACCUGGGAUGGAGAAAUCCUCGGGCGACCACGGGGACGCAGCCCAAGGGGUCCUCAAGGAAGAAAUGAAUGAGUCUAAGGAAAUGUGUGUGGGUCCUCCUGACAUGCCCUGCCAAAGCCAGCAGCAGAGUGGUGAUGGUGGCUCAGAUGCAAGAGAUGACAAGGAUGAUCGGAACCCCAGAAUAACUAAAAAACUCCUGCAAAAACUCUGCAAGCAGCACAAGCUUUACAUCACACCUGCCUUGAAUGAUACGCUGUACUUACAUUUCAAAGGCUUUGACCGCAUCGAGAACCUGGAGGAGUACACAGGCCUGCGUUGCCUCUGGCUAGAAUGCAAUGGAAUACAAAAGAUUGAGAACCUGCAAGCCCAGACAGAGCUACGCUGUCUCUUCCUGCAGAUGAACUUGCUCCACAAAAUCGAGAACCUGGAGCCUUUGCAGAAGCUGGACUCCCUCAACCUCAGCAACAAUUACAUCAAAACCAUCGAAAAUCUCUCCUGCCUCCCAGUCCUGAACACCCUGCAGAUGGCCCACAACCACUUGGAGACCGUGGAUGACAUUCAACACCUCAGGGAGUGUCUGAGACUCUGUGUCCUCGACCUCUCCCACAAUAGGCUGAGUGACCCCGAGAUCCUGAGCGUUCUUGAGACCAUGCCUGGUUUGCGUGUGCUGAAUUUGAUGGGAAAUCCAGUGAUAAAGCACAUUUCUAACUACCGAAGGACAGUCACUAUUCGGCUGAAGCAUUUGACAUACCUCGAUGACAGGCCAGUUUUUCCAAAGGACAGAGCGUGUGCAGAGGCCUGGGCCCGGGGAGGGUCUGCUGCUGAGAAGGAGGAGCGACAGCAGUGGGAGAAUAGGGAGCACAAGAAGAUCACAGACAGCCUGGAGGCCUUGGCUGUGAUCAAGCAGCGGGCAGAAGAGCGGAGGAGACAGAAAAACAGAGGGGAAAAGCCAUCACCAGAUUGUGGAGAGGCCAUGCCUGCCAGCACGGAGAAGCAGGAAGAGCCUCCUGAGGGAGAAACUCGGCAGAAAAUAGAGGUGUUUGUGAAGGAAAGCUUCCAGGCCAAAGAUGAGCUGUUCCCGGAUAAGUCAGGUGGGGAAGAGGAGCUGGCUGUAGUGGUGAACAGAGAGCCCAGAGAUCUGGAGAAUGGAGAGCCCAGAGAUCAAGAUCUGGAAUGUGCAGGGAGCCUGCCAGCUCAGACCCCAGUCCUCCCAGAAACCUACCUAGAAGAAUCAACAUCCCCAGGGGCAACUGCUGAGACUGCAUUUGUUUCGGAACCCAAUGGGGCUAGGACAGAAGACGUAGAGGCCAUUGCCCAGGAGACCAAGGAGAGGCUCUUCAUCGACGACCUGCCUGACUUGGAAGAUGUUGAUGGCAGCGACACAUCGAUGGAAGACCAUCCAAAGCAGGAAAUGGGCUUUCCAAAGAUCCAGGUUAUAUCGAGCUUGAGUGACGACAGUGACCCCGAACUGGACCACCUGUCCCCUCCUGUGACUCCCACAGGCACCCUCUCACACAUAUUUGCAGUCUCCAAGGACUCCUCAAAGGCAGCAAGGAUGGCCUUCACAGACAUAUGUAAGCAAGAAGUGAGGAAAGACUUGGAAAUCCCAAGUCAAGACACCAGCACAGUCUCUCCAAGACAACUCAUUCAGGAGCUUGGCGACUGUGAGCCAAGCCAACCCCAGCUGCCUCUUGCCAGCACAGGUGACUCAGCACCACUCCUUUCCAGUGAGGAUGGCCAGCAACCUGCAAAUGAUACACCAGGAGACAGAUAUGAAAAGGAGGAAGUACAGCCUAAGACAGGCUCCGAGGAGCCCAGCGUCAGAGCAGGCCAGGACGACACUGAAUUUGGCUUGGACCAAACCCCAAGGCAGACUCCUCCUCUGUCAGACUAGAAGUGACAGAUGCAGCUCAUCCCUUCUUCUGAGUACUGUGACUGAGCUCUGACUGGAAUGGGUGCUGGGCAGACCAUAUAGCUUUGUGUUCCUCAAACUCAAUGUAUG